AUGUCGGAAUCUACGCCACCAAUCUCACCGGACGAUGCUGCUGUCAGCGGCGGUACUUCCCAGGCAAUGGAGAAGGAGGAAGCCCAAAUGGCGGAGGAACGGCGGAAAGAGGACGAGAAGCACGAGAAGAAGCUGGCUGCUGAGCGAGAAAAGGAUGUCAGGGGCGGCAAGGAUGUUGUUGACACGAAAUACAAGGCAUUGGAGUAUCUGCUUAGCCAGAGCAAGCUGUACUCGGCCAUCAUGCUGCAGCAGAUGACCCAACAGGACGAGGUUGAGGAAGCAAAGGAUGAGAAGAGUAAAAAGAGAGCACAGAAGAAGGAAGAAAAGGCCGAAAUAGCAGCACAGGCAGGCCAGAAAAAAGCCACGAGAGCGGCAGCUGCGACUCAAGCCCAGACCGAAGGUACGGCAGCAAAGAGGGAGCUGCCCAAAAGGGGAAAGCCAGCGAAAGGUGCAAAAGGCGGCAAGAUCUCCGACUACAUGAAGAAAGAUGACGUAAAGGCAAAGGCCGGCGAGACGUCCAUAUCAGAGGCGCUCGCAGAAGAGACCAAAGACGCCGAUGUCAAGCCUGGUGAUAUUGGUAUGCAAAAUCUCAGAUCCGCCAAGCAGCCAGACCUGGUGUCAGGAGGCUUGAUGCGGAACUACCAGCUGGAAGGCCUGGACUGGCUCACAUCGUUGUACGAAAAUGGACUGAACGGAAUCCUCGCUGAUGAGAUGGGUCUUGGGAAGACGAUACAGACAAUCUCAUUUCUGGCCUUCUUGAGGGAGAGAGGCGUCAAUGGUCCGUUCUUGAUCGCUGCACCAUUGAGCACAACCUCAAAUUGGGUGGCUGAGUUUAAGAAGUGGACGCCCAAAAUUCCCGUUGUGCUAUACCAUGGCAGCAAACAGGAGCGAGAAGAGAUUCGACGAAAGGAGCUGCGGAGUCCUGGCAGUGMGACUUUCCCAGUCAUAUGCACCAGCUACGAAAUCUGCAUGAAUGACCGCAAGCAUCUCGCUCAUUUCGAUUGKAAGUUCAUCAUCAUAGACGAAGGCCAUCGGAUCAAGAACCUCAACUGUCGUCUCAUCCGCGAGCUGCAGUCAUACCAGUCUGCCAACCGACUGUUAAUCACCGGUACACCUCUGCAGAACAACCUUACAGAGCUCUGGUCGCUGCUUCACUUUCUCAUGCCCAGCAUUUUCGACAAGCUCGAAUCUUUCGAGAGCUGGUUCGACUUCUCCGCAUUGAAAGAGAAGGGAGGUCAUGAGCAAAUCCUCUCCGAAGAUCGUAAGAAGAACCUGGUCGCCAGUCUUCACGCCAUCUUGAAGCCAUUCUUACUGCGGCGAGUGAAAGCUGAUGUUGAGACGUCUCUGCCCAAGAAGCGGGAGUACGUCCUGUACGCUCCGCUAACGCAAACACAGCGAGAGCUUUACCAUGAGAUACUUGAGGGGAAUAGUCGGGCGUAUCUUGAAAACAAAGUGGUGGAAAGCCUCAGCGGAGCAAGUACUCCAGCAAGCGCUCGGAGUAGGAGUCUCAAGCGCAAGGCAGCUGGUUCCUCUUCAACGCCAAACAAGAGCGCCRAGUCAAGUCGAGCGUCUACUCCUGCUACAAACGUCAGCACUACUUCUAGAUCGCGAAAGGCGAAGAAGAGCCAAAGAUACGAGGAAGUCUCUGACGCGGAGUACUUCAAGCAGUUGGAGAAUGAACCAUCCUCCACUGCGGAAGAGCCGACGGAUUCCGACGAUGAAGAAGAGAGCGAAAGAGCCAAGACACUCGCGUUGGCAAAGCGAGAGAUCUCACAGAAGAAACUGCAGAACCCAAUCAUGCAGCUUCGACAGUGCUGCAACUCUCCGCACAAUUUCUACUACCCAUUCGACAUGGACGAUAACACCCCUGUCGAUGAAACACUAGUCACCGAGUCGGGCAAGAUGCUUCUGCUCGAUCGACUGUUGCCCGAGCUUCUGUCCAGAGGCCACAAGAUCUUGAUUUUCUCUCAGUUCAAAACACAACUGGAUCUGCUUGAUACAUACUGCCGAGAGCUUCGCGGGUGGCCAACAAGCCGGAUCGACGGCACGGUUGCACAAACGGACCGGCAACAACAGAUCCUAGACUUUAACGAUCCAAAGAGUGAGGUUAACGUCUUCCUGCUUUCCACGCGUGCUGGUGGGCAGGGCAUCAAUCUUGCAUCUGCAGACACGGUCCUGCUCUUCGACUCUGAUUGGAAUCCGCAGCAGGACCUCCAAGCUCAGGAUCGCGCCCACAGAAUCGGACAGACUAGACCAGUUAUUGUAUAUCGAUUCGCCACCAAGGGCACUGUCGAGCAGAUGCUAUUGGAGAAAGCAGAUAGCAAGCGUCGGUUGGAGAAGCUUGUCAUUCAAAAGGGUCGAUUCCGCAACACCAAGGGUGAAGCUGGUGGUGAGGACUUUGCCGAGCUGCAGAAGCUUCUUGGAAAAGACGAUGGCGAGAGGAUCGAUAUUGCUGAUGGCAAGGGACUGCUCAGUGAUGCCGACCUUGCUAUAUUGACGGAUCGAAGUGAGGAGGCGUUUGAGCGCGCAGAGAAGGGCGUCGAUGUCAUCGGCGCUGCUUUCAAGGCCGUCACUACGAAGGCCGGCGGCAACGGGUUGUUGGAGAGUCUGCAGAAGUGA